UGACGCACAGCUUUUCCAUUUUCAGUGUGUGACAUUCUUAAUGAGCAACCUCUUUCUGUUGUUACUUUUUAACAGACCUAAUAUGAAAACGUUUGUUUUCCUUUUGUUCUGUUUUAACCAGUUCGGCAAUACCUGCUACUGCAACUCAGUCUUACAGGCACUUUAUUUUUGUCGUCCAUUUCGGGAAAAAGUUUUGGCAUACAAAGUGCAGCCUCGAAAGAAGGAAAGCCUCCUGACAUGCCUCUCUGAUCUCUUCAACAGUAUUGCUACGCAAAAGAAGAAGGUGGGAGUCAUCCCACCCAAGAAAUUUAUUUCCAGAUUGAGGAAAGAAAAUGAAUUAUUUGAUAAUUAUAUGCAGCAGGAUGCACACGAAUUCCUAAACUACCUACUUAACACUAUUGCUGACUUACUACAAGAGGAGAAAAAGCAGGAGAAGCAGAAUGGCAAACUCCAGAACGGCAGCAUUGAGAGUGAAGAAGGAGACAAGACUGAUCUGACGUGGGUCCAUGAAAUCUUCCAAGGAACACUAACCAAUGAAACCAGAUGUCUUAACUGUGAGGCUGUUAGUAGCAAAGACGAGGACUUUCUGGAUCUGUCGGUUGAUGUGGAACAAAAUACAUCAAUUACGCACUGUCUAAGAGGAUUUAGUAAUACUGAAACUCUAUGCAGUGAAUAUAAAUACUAUUGUGAGCAGUGCCGCAGUAAACAGGAAGCACAGAAGAGAAUGAGAGUGAAAAAGUUGCCCAUGAUUCUAGCUCUGCACUUAAAAAGGUUCAAAUACAUGGACCAGCUGCAUCGAUACACCAAACUCUCCUACCGUGUAGUCUUUCCCUUGGAGCUCCGGCUCUUUAACACUUCAGGAGAUGCUACAAAUCCUGACAGAAUGUAUGACCUUGUGGCUGUAGUCGUUCACUGUGGCAGUGGUCCAAAUCGUGGACAUUAUAUCACCAUUGUGAAGAGCCAUGGCUUUUGGUUGCUGUUUGAUGAUGACAUUGUAGAGAAAAUUGAUGCCCAGGCCAUUGAAGAAUUCUAUGGGUUAACAUCAGACAUUUCCAAAAACUCAGAAUCUGGAUAUAUCCUCUUCUACCAGUCAAGAGACUAGGACAAAAGAUACAUGUGUGCAAAUAAAAGAAAAAAGGGAUCAAGAUGUGUCCAAAUGGAACAUAUUUGUGACAGCAGAAGCAGUUCCUCGUUGUUGCUGUAGGACCAGGACAGAUCCAGCAGGGCGAAUAAAGGUUUCUCCCUGCCAUUUCGUGGAGGAGUAGUGCUGACUGCCGUAACAAGAAGAGCUUUUGUUCCAGUUUUCUUUCUGGGCUUUUUUUUUUACGUGCUAUCUUCCAAAAUCUGUGUUACCUCUACUUGAAACCUGGCUGCUUAUUUGUUCAUGAACUGAAGAAGAGAUUUAAAAGUAGCGUUGUAGAAUUUUUACCAUGUAAUGUUGGCCUGAGGCUAUACCUUGGUUUCUACCAUCGUCGUUUUUCUGUAUUUUAGCAGAAUGAUUUCAAUAUUCAGUGUCAGCUGAAGGCAUAUUUUAGGAUAUGAACAGCAGCUGGUUGCUGGAUAUUUUUGGUGACUCAGACUUGAGAAGCAGUACAAAGCUAAGACAUAUUGGAAAUGUCAAGUCUGUAAUUUUUAUAAAAAAAAAAAAAAAAACAGACAAAAAAACUCUCUGCAGCAUUGUAAAUUUCCCCAUUAUGGAUUAUCUUGGUUUUAGAUAACACUAACAACACUGCUUCUUUUUAUAUUUUUUAUUUUUACUCUUCUGUUUCUUCUUCAGAAGGUAUAGAACUUUAUCCACAUUCGGCCUAGUCUAUUGUGCGUUUUUCUUUUGAAGCAGAGGUUUUGACUCCAAGCCACAUCGCUGCAGAUUUAAGGGGAGCAGAAAAACAAUUACCUUUUGAAGAAUAUGUCUGGCAACCGGUUGCUGUAGAAAGCUUGAAGUUACAGCCUUUCUCGGAGCUCUUGCGUAAACCAAAAGUGCCCUCAUUCUGAAACGGGAUCUGUUCGAUGUUUCAUUCAAUACCUGGUAAACUGAUGCAACUAGCGUCUCGAAUCUAUGCUAAUACACAGAAACAGCACUAAUUGUGAAGGGUUAACCAAGGGAAGCAUUAUUUCUGUAACUAAUCCAGUUGUUCUUUGUCUUCAAGAGAGUGAACGUGUAAGAAGGAAAA